AACGUUCCUUCUGAAAACAGCGUUCAGCACUAUUUCAAAAUUAGCAGAAUUCGCACAACAGUAUCAACAGUUUUUUAUAUCAUUUCUGCUUUGUUAAACUUGUCCAGGCUGCAAAUUGAAUUGGGAACAUCAAAACAUCAAGCUUUUUAUGAAUUAUGGUUCUCAGAGCUGUCUCAUUUUGACUGCAGCCACCAGAAGAUUCAGCAAGGAGCUCAAGUUUUUGAGCAUGUUUGAACAUAAGUGAAGAUAGGAUGUAUAAAGAAAGAUAGUGCCAGUUCAACCAAAACCCUUAAGCUCUUUCUAAGAGUAAAGUCAAACUAACAGUUCAGGUUUUAGCGUUACUUUGAACUGGUUUUCACCGCGGUCUGUAAACGUGAUCUCUCUAGUCACCUCUUUUGUGCCUCAGAUUUUAGAUACCAUUGCUGUUCGAUGUGAUUCUAAAGUAUCACAGCGUUCUCUUAUCACAGCAAGGAAAUCAGCUAUUUAGCUGUACUGUUCUCAUCUCCAUUAUCCGUACCCAUGACCUUCCACACGUACAUGCCUGUAAAACUACUUAGUUGUCCCCCCCUCUCCCUGCCUCACAGCACGGAGCAGCACCAGGACAGCCCUCCUCCCGCCUCAGGCUUUCUGACAGACCGCAGCACUCGCAGGACGGGCGGGAGCCGCCCCCUGCUCUCCGGACGGGAGUGGCUGAACGCUGCCGCCGUUGCGCAUGCGCCAGUUCCGAAUGGUUGAGUUGGCGGCGCGCGGGAGACGUUGCGCAUGCGUGCCAUGCAAAAGGACUGCCGUCCGCGCGCGUUCUAUCGGUUCCCUACGGGCUUUGGAGCGUACGCUUGGGGAGGGUGGUGGCAGGCGCUGCGCAUGCGCACGCUGUGAGGCGAGGUGGUGGCUCAGGGGCCUGGACGAGCCGCGUCGCCGCUGCUGCGAGGGGCCCGGAUUUCGCCGCGGGGCCGCGUGCCGUCAGUUGUCAGGAGAUAGGCCUCUGGCUGACCGGUCGGUAGCGAGUACGUCCCGCUCGGCCCCGCCGCUAAGCCUCCCGGGGCGGGCAGACCGGCUGGGCCGCUGCCGCCGCGGCUGAAGAGAGAAGGCGCCGGCAGGAUGAAGCUGGUGAGGAAGGACCUGGAGAAGGAUAAUGCGGGGCAGGUGACGCUGAUCCCCGAGGAGCCGGAGGACAUGUGGCACACCUACAAUCUGCUGCAGGUGGGUGACAGCUUGCGGGCCUCCACCAUCCGCAAAGUGCAGACCGAGUCGUCCACGGGCAGCGUGGGCAGCAACCGCAUCCGCACCACCCUCACCCUCUGUGUGGAGACCAUCGACUUCGACUCGCAGGCCUGCCAGCUGCGGGUCAAAGGCACCAACAUCCAGGAGAAUGAGUACGUCAAGAUGGGGGCCUACCACACCAUCGAGCUGGAGCCCAACCGGCAGUUCACGCUGGCAAAGAAGCAGUGGGACAGCGUGGUACUGGAGCGCAUCGAGCAAGCCUGCGAUCCAGCGUGGAGCGCUGAUGUGGCAGCCGUGGUCAUGCAGGAAGGCUUGGCUCACGUCUGCCUGGUUACCCCCAGCAUGACCCUCACUCGUGCCAAGGUGGAAGUGAACAUCCCCCGCAAACGGAAAGGAAACUGCAGCCAACAUGACCGGGCCCUAGAGAGGUUUUACGAACAGGUGGUGCAGGCCAUCCAGCGGCACAUCAACUUUGAGGUGGUGAAGUGUGUCCUGGUGGCCAGCCCAGGCUUUGUUCGAGAGCAGUUCUGUGAUUACAUGUUCCAGCAGGCAGUCAAGACUGACAACAAACUUUUACUGGAGAACAGAUCCAAGUUUUUACAGGUGCAUUCAUCAUCAGGACAUAAGUACGCACUGAAGGAGGCACUUUGUGACCCAGCUGUAACUAGCCGUCUCUCUGACACUAAGGCUGCUGGUGAGGUCAAAGCCUUAGAUGACUUCUAUAAAAUGUUGCAGCAUGAGCCUGACCGGGCUUUUUAUGGCCUAAAACAGGUGGAAAAGGCCAAUGAAGCCAUGGCCAUUGAUACUUUGUUGAUCAGUGAUGAGCUCUUCCGGCACCAGGAUGUGGCUACACGUGCCCGCUAUGUUAAAUUGGUAGAUAGUGUACGGGAGAACAUGGGCAUAGUGCGCAUUUUCUCCAGCCUUCAUGUGUCUGGGGAGCAGCUUGGCCAGCUGACAGGGGUAGCAGCUAUCCUGCGCUUCCCUGUUGCUGAGCUCUCUGACCAGGAGGAUGAGUCUAGCUCUGAAGAGGAUUGACAACAGUGGCUUCAUUUCACAGUAUCCCUUCCAACUGACAUCAAAAUGACAUUAAAAGUCUUCCCUUCCAAAAUACUGUGUGCAGAUUUACCAUGAUAUGUCACUUAUGUUUUUGAUAGUAUUUCUUAUACUAUGUGUUUCUUCUCACCACACAAAUUGAUGUCUAUUCUAUGGUGAAGAUGAUUGAAAUGCUGAGAUUUAGAGCUGACUGGUUUUGCAAGUUACACCCUGGAUCUCCAGCAGUACCAGAAACAGAUCUCCAUCCCCAAAGCUGCUUAUUCUUCAUGUUAAGGCAGACUGUCAGCUUAAUGUUCUGGAAUGUGUACAAAAAGAUAAUAAACUAUGAAGCAGAAAA